AUGAAAGAAUUUCUGUAUUUAAUACAACUUUUAACCGGAAAACAAAAUGCGACCAAGCAAUUGUCUGAAAAUAACGAAUUGCAAGGAAUUCGUUUCGCUCUGAAACUUGCUGUAAAUGGUCCACUAAACCAUCUUAAUGAACAUUCCAAGACCACUUUAAUCGAAGCCUAUCAAAAGCUGAGUGAUUUCUUGUCAGGCCAGAGAGUAACAACAUCAAAAGGAGCGAUUGCCAUAACAGACCAUCCUGAAGCUGCAGAUUGGACAAAACUUCGAUUAGCUGAAAAACUUAUUGUAAGUUUCUUCCUUUUAUUUAUGAUUAAAUAA